CAGAAGUACUGUCUCAUUGGCAGCUGAUUGAACUGAGAAGGAGGAGUGAUCGGAGGGAGGUAAUCAGUAAAGGCAGAGCAAGAUACAACAACUUAGAAUAAAGACAGACACUCCUUGCACCAGGGAAAAAAAUGGGGACUGAUAACAUGACUUCCAAUGUACGUCAGCAAACAGGGAUUGCCGAGAUACGCAAAAAUGUGCUUAUAUUCUGCCUGGUCGUCUACUGUGUGAUAUUUCUGGUCGGGACUCUGGGCAACGGUCUGGUCAUCUAUGUGACAGGCUGCAGGAUGAAAAGAACUGUCAACUCAGUUUGGUUUCUCAACUUGGCCCUGGCUGACUUCCUCUUUACGACGUUCCUGAUUUUCUCGAUCAUUUCUGCAGCUCAGGAUCACCAGUGGCAGUUUGGACUAUUAAUGUGCAGGCUCAACACCUUUGUGGCCGUAGUCAACAUGUUUGCCAGCAUCUUUCUUCUGACAGCCAUAAGUCUGGAUCGUGUCCUGUCAGUGUGGGUGGUGGUGUGGGCACAAAACAAGCGCACUGUUUGCAAAGCCCAGAUCAUAUGCACUUUUAUCUGGAUAUGUGCUAUGAUCUGCAGCACCCCUUACAGCAUAUUUCGUGAAACCCAGAAGAGUGGGGGGGUGAUUCACUGUGGUUAUACUCGAUCCAUGUCAUUUGAACAAAUGAGGAGUCUUGGCAUUUUUCGCUUUGUUGUUGGCUUCUUCAUCCCCUUCGUGGUAAUAUUUGUCUCUUAUGUGGCCAUAAGUGUUCGUGCAAGGCGCCUGCAGAGGAACAGGAAACACAGACCCCGCCGAAUCAUUUUCUCCAUCAUUCUCGCAUUCUUCAUCUGCUGGUUGCCCUUCCACAUCCUGCAUUUCAUAGAAUUAAAGGCCCGUGCUACUAAUGAUCCUGAACUCCGGAAUGUUGUUAUAAUUGUAGGUCCUCUUACUUUGAGUCUGGGUUUUCUGAACAGCUGCCUGAACCCCAUUCUCUAUGUUUUCAUGUGUGACGAAUUCCAGAAGAAGCUCAGACAGUCCAUAUGCUUCGUCCUAGAGAAUGCCCUGGCAGAGGACCACUUAUCCUUUAUGUCCUCUCGCUCCUUGUCGUCACACUUUUCUCGGAUUACCCGGAAGUCUGACUCUACUGCACCUCCAGAGAGGAAAGGCACAGCCACAUCCUUGGACACAGAAAGCAAAGUAGUCAUCACUGCCGAGACAGAUACAAUGAGCACUGAAUAGGGCCUCCGCAACUACUUGCUUAAACUUCACAGAAAGUAAAGCGGUUACCUCUGCAGAGAGACAGUAUGCACUCAUUAAAACCACCACAACAAGCGAUGUAAGUUUCUCUUUAAGGCCGACCUUUUAAUCAAUAGUGAGAAAAGUAAAGCACUUAUUGAUAACGACAUUAAAUUUUCAUGGCAAGUACAUUUGUGCACCAAAAAAAAAAGAGUUCAAUAUUUGUUAUGUGUGAUUUUUAUGUUUUUUAAUGCUUUUUAUAUCUUAAAUAUAACAUCAUACACUUGAUUUCCUGCAUUCUGGUGGGUUUUUUAUGCACUUAUUUUUGCCUCUUCUGCAUCAAUUUAUCUUGGAAAUGUCAUGGUACUUCCUCCUUUAACUGUACAUAGUUACUUUGUUUUCUUUCUCCUUUUCAUGCCAGAUUACAAGUAUUACCUUUGAGGUGAAAUAAAAGUCCUCUUCUUCUUUCAUACUUUUAUAGGAGCAGGACAAAUGUGUUGUAAAUUUUGAAUUGGAUGUGUCCCCCACCUCCAAAAUUUGUACCACUAAGUCUAAUCAGCCAGAAUCAUUGAAACCACAUGUGUAAGUAAAACAUAAAUAUGAAUGACUUUGUGUAAGAAUUAUUAUUUUUUUAUUUUUUACCAUGAAACUGUAACCUUCAAGAAAUCUGAUAUGGAAUUGCCUGUAAUUCAUGUGAUAAAGACACCAGUUAUGUAUUUAUGUUUAUAAGCUUUUGAUGCUCCUACCUUAAUUAGCCAUGCUUACUGAUAGGCUGAUCAUUUAUUGUAGUAUCUCUGUCACACAAGUCUAAUCUUUAAUAAUAGUGCUGCGCAUUUCAAUAAAGCCAAUAAAUAUUUUUG